AUGGCCGACCUCCCCACUAGCUUCGAUCAGCCCGUCCACAUUGGCGUCAUCGGUGGCACCGGGCUUGCCCAGCUCGAUGGCUACGAGCCCAUUGCUGUUGUCAACCCCAUCACCCCUUGGGGACCUCCCGCCUCGCCCAUCUCCAUCCUCUCCCACAACGGCGUCAACAUUGCCUUCCUCGCCCGUCACGGCCUGCACCAUCAGUUUGCGCCUCAUGAAGUUCCCAACCGAGCCAAUAUCGCUGCUCUCCGCCACCUCGGUGUCCGAUGCGUCAUUGCCUUCUCCGCCGUGGGCUCCCUGCAGGAGGAGAUUAAGCCCAUGGACUUUGUGAUCCCCGACCAGGUCAUCGAUCGCACCAAGGGCAUCAGGCCCUUCACCUUCUUUGAGGGUGGUGUCGUAGGCCACGUUGGAUUUGCGGACCCAUUCGACAAGAAGCUGGCAGAUAUCGUCAAGACAUGUGCGGCGCAUAUGGAGGGCGAUGGCGUGGUGCUCCAUGACAAGGGCACUCUUAUCUGCAUGGAGGGACCCCAGUUCUCUACCCGUGCUGAGUCUCACAUGUACCGCUCAUGGGGUGGCUCUGUCAUCAACAUGUCUGCUCUUCCCGAGGCCAAGCUUGCCCGCGAGGCUGAGCUUUCCUACCAGGUUAUCUGCAUGGCUACCGACUACGACUGCUGGCACUCAUACGAAGACGUUAAUGUCGAGAUGGUUAUCAAGUACAUGCAGGCCAACAGCCAGAACGCCAAGCGACUGGUUGGUGGUGUUCUGGACCAACUCUCCAAGCUGGACCACAGUGAUCUUGUCCUGGCCAAGCACUGGGAGGGUGCGUCUUCCGGCCCUGUCAAGUUCAUGACCAAGCCUGCUGGCAGGAACCCUGAGGCCAUGAAGAAGGUCGAGUACCUGUUCCCGGGCUUCUGGGAUAACUAG